AUGACUUUCAUUUCUUAUUCUCAAUCUACUAUUGUCAUCCGUGACUCAAGAUUCUCAUCUUACUCUUCUUCGGUUGAAUCAAAUUUGUCAAAACAUGACUACCAUUCUAAUUGUGGUAUUUCAUCUGGAUGCUUACCAUGUAUUGAGUUAGAGGAAAUGCGAAACGCAAGAGAUGAUAUUCCAAUUGCAAAGCUGGCACAAUUGAAAGAUGAGUUACUGAUUCCAGAGGCUGGUGGUCUCAUCUGCGCCAAACCUUUAAACUAUCGAGGAAUUAUUCAUUAG